AUGCCUUUGCUAAGUAUCUGUCAGAAGGUAAAGUUGUUACCUGGAAGGACCUGCGUACUCCUGUGAUGCCUACACAUCUAGCUGGCCUGUACUUGAUUUGCUGCAUUAAUUGGCUUCCAUCAAAGAACAAUUCAAAUGUGACGAUUGAUCGGGCUAAGCUUCUGUAUCUUAUCAAUGAGAAAAUCCCUUUCAAUUAUGGGAAGCUGGUAUAUGAUCAAGUGGAAAGAGCUGCUCGCUUUCCAGGUCAGAUUCUAAACAUUCUGCCAUUCCCGAACUUGAUCUAUCGGGUACUUAUGUUUCAGAGGGAGAUUACCUUGGAGAACUUUGAAAAACCUGAUCCACCUCCAAAGAAGUUCAAUCCAGAAGUGAGAGGUGGUAUAGAUCACCCAAGACGUCGAGGAGAGUAUGUGUUUGGAACCUCAUUGGCAGGAGACCUGAGACACGCAUCCACUCUCCUGCUGAACAUGGCUGUCCGGUUGGAAGGGGGAGAUUAUGGGUUAGUACAUCCUUCUUCUGAUCAGUCUCAGGGUGUGAAUGCUGAUGCCGAGGCUCAAGGUUCUGAACCUGAAGCUGAUGACUCUUAUGCUGAGCCCGUUGAUGAAGGCUGGCCUUCAGAGAACUCUAAUUCGGAUUCAUUUGUGGAUUCAUUGGAUGUUGACAAUGAAGAAGGGUUUGAAGACACUCAGUCAGGAUAAUAUAGACUAGUUUUGGAGACUGAGUGGUCUAGGAUUUAGGGGGAGUCUUAACUUUUGGCAUU